AUGGGGAAUUGCAUAGACUUGGAGAAGAAGAAGAAGAUGGUCAGGCUAAUGAGGAUGGACGGACGGAUCCUUCACUAUCAACCACCAUUAAAGGUCCAACAGGUGCUGAAUGAGUUCCCCGGGCAUUCAAUCUCCGAUACACUUCCGGCCAUCACAUACUUGGAUCCAGCUAUGUUCAUGAGGCAAGGACGACUCUACUAUCUCCUACCAUCUAAGAAUCAAAUCAUGGAGACCGGCGAUGCCGUUGGGGUUGUUAGAGUCAAGCUGGUCAUCACCAAACAACAGCUCAAGGACAUGCUAAGCAAAGGAGGAAUCACCCCGCAUGACAUGCUGUCUAACCUCCUAAGAGAGCAAAGCAGGAAACACAGUGCUACAGAGUGGAGACCUAGUUUAGAAAGCAUACCAGAAGGCAAUGAUUUCUAUUAG